UCUUUGCUCGUCAUGUGGUUAAGCCUUGACUUGUAGGUUAUAUAUUACGUGCAGGAAACGAUGAUUUGCACAGUCCAUUAAGGUACUUUUUGCAGCAAAGUGCUUGGUUCUUAAACAAUAGGCUCUGGGCAUGAUACACGUUGACUGUUGUGGUUGGGGUGGCUAUGAGCCAUAUAGCGCUGUAUGUCACUGAUUAUUUAAAGUUUAUAGUAAAAAAGUAAAUUAGAAUUUUGAAGCAGCAGUGGUGGAUUCGUGAUUCCGGUUGCUGUUUCUUUUAAUUGCUGCAAAAAAAGUGCUCAAACUCAACCGUUGUCCAGUGAAAAGCUGCAAUGUCUGGUGUUUUCUCUGGAGAAUUUGUUCUUAAACCAGUGCUCCUGCUUUUCCUUCUUCAGAUGCUGUCUCUAUACCAAGGUCAAAUAUCUGCCUGUUCCAUGCCUGAAAGCCAGGGCAUGACAGCUCUUCUGGGUUCCACCAUUUUGCUUCCCUGCAACUUUCUUCCAGAUUAUCCGGAUUACAACACACAGGUCAACAAUUCCAUUGUAUGGAUUAGAAAUGAGAGUGACUACUUGGUGGAAAUCACUCUCUCAGGUAUCAGCAAAUUUUGGAGAAACCACGCUGCAAGCUUUGAGACUUUCCCUCUAAUGGCUGCAAAAGGAAACUUUUCUCUGCUCCUAAAAAACACUCGAAUGGAGGAUGCAGGGAGUUACCAUUGUAAGUUAUUCAAUGGAAUCGACUGUAUAGUGGAAAAUAAAGCAACUAAGCUGGAUGUGGUGCAUAACCUGGAAGGAAUACAGAACCGUUACAUGAAUACUACUUUUAUCAUUGCGGUUGGAGUAGGAUGUGGCUCAGUCAUCAUCAUCAUUAUAAUUGUCUCAUCUCUUGUCCUUUAUAGAGCCCGUAAAAAGCAACAUGGCCAACAAAGGAGGUGCUUGGGGCAUGGAUAUACCCACAGUGAUGCUGCCAUUGACUUUGACCAGGAAAAUAAAUCUAUGGCACCAGCAUUCACUGGAAACAAAUGAAUGUGUUGACAAUUCAACUGCACAGUCUGAAACACGAUAUAAUCAAAUUUAUAAAAAUAUCAUUUAUAGGCAUUAAG